ACAAGCUAAGCGGCGCCCCAUCCCCUUGGCUGUCGUUCCCCGCUGGCAAUCUGACCAUGGCAGAAAUCCUUGCGUUCAUCCCCUACUCGAUCAAGUCCUUUGACGUAAUCGACCGGUUCCUCUACAACGGCGCCAUGUCGACCUCUCUCGCCGAAUUGAUCAAUCGCUAUCGCACAAUGCCCAACGGUCAGAUCGGAAACAACUCCGUCUACCGCAUGAUGAAAAACUCCAUGAACAGCCGAGCUAGGAAGGACAAGACAUACAAGAACUGGAAAGUCUCGACCCACCAGACCAUCGAGAAGCCUGCCAACUACGACCCCACGAGCCUCUGCGUCACCAAGUUCCGCACGCCAGGAAACCGCAACCCGUGUGAAGUCAACCCAGCCAUCUUGUUCCGCGACAUGGCCGCCGGCGUCAAAGUCAUGCCUGAGGGAUACGACGCGCUAGACUUGACCCGCUGCAUCCAGUACUGCCUGGACCACAACGACGAAGAUUGGUGCUACCCACGCGAUUUCGUAGAGCUGGUCGAGCGCCUCGGCGGCCCUGCUCCUGUCCACGCCGAACACCAGGACGCUGCUGCUCUGCGUAGACUGACUUCAGCCCAGAAACUCAAAUACGCAACGGUUGCUGGUAAGCGUAUACGCAACCGCGAGGACCGUCUGAGGAAGCAGGCUCAGAUGUCAGUUGAUGAUUCUGAAACUGAUGAAGCUGAUGUCGGUUUAGAUGAGUAUUUGCAUGCCGUUGGCUUGCAGUAUGUCUACACUGCAGCCUUGGGAUGGGGGAAAAAGCGCUACCGUCCUGCUGAGAAGGACGAAGAAGCUGACCAACAGGUUUCGGGGAGGUCCGCCUCGAAGCGCC